UAUUGGCGGGCUAUAUGUACAGUGUUGAACUAGGGUUCUCAAUAUUUCACCAAAAAAAAAAAAAAACUAGGGUUCUCAACAUUGUCCAUCAAGAUCCAAGAAGAUUUGAAAGACUUUGAGCUCAGGCCUGUUCAAGAACGACUUGAUUCCCUCCUAAUUGAACAGUAGCAACCUCUUCACUUGCUUCAGAGUUACAUUCGUUGGUUGUAGAUUGAAGAUGACCCAUUGAAAUGAGAUACCGUGGAGACAGGAAGUUAGAAGCCAAAUUUUGCGAGGAUUCAAAUUUCAUUGUCAAAAACCAGAAAGUCAAGAGCAGGAUUUUGUUCCCAAGGAACUCAUCUGAAUUCGACAAACUGAGCCAAUUUUUGUUGGGAUACAUACAUUGUAUUUGUGAGAAGCUACCCUGCCGAAGGACAGCCCAGAGGGUCUCAUGAGAAAAUAGUAGAGUAUUGAGUUUGUUGUUGUUUGCAGGAAACAAAUAAUGGUGAGAAGAUGCAGGAGCUGUUUGGAGAAUCGGCCUCACUUCUUUAAGGUUUUCCUUCCUGGUUUCAGCUCAGAAUGUCUGAAAAUUCCAAUAGCUUUCUUCAGACAUCUAAAGGAAAGAGCCUCUAGUGUCGUCUCCUUAAUGGGGCCAAGUGGGAAGACUUGGCAAGUAAGAUUGGUUUGGAAUAUUGAUCGCUGGUUUUUCCAAGAUGGUUGGUCAGUGUUCGUGAGAGACCACUCAAUACAAGUAGGUGAUUUUAUUGUCUUUAGAUAUGAUGGCAAGUCACAGUUUAGUGCGAGAAUAUUUGAUAGAAGUGCAUGUGAGAAGCAGGCUGCAUUUUCUGCUAUAUGUAGUCAAGAUACUGGUUUUGUUAAAAUAAAAAAUGGAAAGAGUAGGGGGAGAGAUGUGGUGGAAACAUGUCUUGAAGGUGUGACAAGGAAAAAGAGACGGAACUAUCCUCAAGUUUGUUUAGAGAGAACAACCCGGGAAAGGGCAGUGAAAAUAGAAAUGUUUUGUGAGAACAAUUCUGAGAAAAAGGCUUUAGUUUCUGGAAAAUGUGGUCAAGACACCAAUUAUGUAAGAGAUGAUGCAAAACAUAAACAGAGCAAGACUGUGCCAAAAACUUUCCCAUUAUCGCCUUAUGCAGUAAAGAAAAAGAAAAGGAACUUCUCACCUGCCAUUCAUUCAGAGAAUGUAACCAAUAAAACUGUAGUCAUAGUGGAGGAUUCUGAUGAAAGUGCUGAUGGCAGAAAAAAUAAACAGAGCAAGACAGUGGCAAAACCUUUUUCCUUUUUGCCUUACGUCACAAAGAAUAAGAGAAGGGACUCAUCUGUUGUUCAUUUGGAGAGUGAAACCAAGAAAGCAGUUGUAAAAGCCGAGGAAUCUGAUGAAAGUUGUGAUGAGAGUGGUUCUAAGAGGCGUAAUAUAUUUGCUUCUAAAAGACAUGAAGAGUCUGACUUCCUUGGUGAUAGAAAGAAACGGGGAAGACCACCGAAGAAGAAAGAAGCUAAGGGAAUAUAUUCUUCGCCAAAUAAAUCCAGUGAAGUUAUGCCAAGUUGGAGUGGUGGGGUGAACAUGAAGCACUAUAAAAGAAAUGCAGAAAAAUUACUGAAGGGAUUCAGAGUUUCUGGCCGAUGUUCACUUCAUUUAAAUUGUUCAGAUAUUGAGCCUUGCAAGACUGUACCAGUUGAGUGUUCUUCUAAAGGAUCUUUGAUUUCACAAAGACAGAAAGUCACAAUUGAGGAAGUACAAAAAACAUUUGAUUCAGCUCGUGCUUUUCAACCAAAGAAUCCUUCUGCAGUAGUAGUCAUGGCGCGUCGCCAUGUUUAUGUUGGGUUUUACCUUGCUUUACCAAUUUCUUUUGUCAAAGUCUUCCUUCCCCAAGAUAAUCAGGAAAUGAUUUUGUGGGACUCAAAUGAUAAGGCAUGGCCUGUGAAAUAUGUUUAUGCUGAUAAACCAUGUAUGAGAGGUGGUCUUAGUGGUGGUUGGGCCAAAUUUGCAGUGGCUCAUUAUCUCGAACUGUAUGAUGUCUGUGUGUUUGAGCUUAUUAAGGCAACAGAAAUGCGAGUUCAUAUUUUCAGGGUGGUAGAAGAGGCCACUCCACCAAUCAAGGGUUAAAAUGACAAAGGCUGUCAAACAUCUUGGUUUCUUAUUUUGAUGCAAGAAAAUCAGUUAAUAAGUGAAUUGGGGCAAGAAACUGUCUCAGAUUACUAUCAGGAAUUCCAAUCUUAGGCAGUUCAGAAGAAUUUAUUUUCAGCAAUGCGAUGAAGUUGGCCAAUAUUCUUUUAUUUUGUCAUACUGGCAUCAACUUUAUAAAACUGAGAUUGGAGGGACAUUAGUGUAUCUUCCAAUUGGCCAUAUCAUCAUAAAGCUCCAUUUUGAUAAUGUUCCAUUGGAAACCCAGCUUCUUCAAGCAUAGAGGUGCGUUUAUAUACAGCAAUUCGCAUGUGGUUACAUUUUUUGGUGUUACUUGGUUUUAUCUGAACCUUUGAGGCAGGGAUCUGAUUUUUCUCAAUCAAAUGUGGAUAGUUAUUUUCUGACUAUCCCUGGAGGUUGUCUGACACACAGAAGAUAUAGCUCUGGCAUUUUCAAUAUCUAGAUGCUCCUUAAGGUUAAUGUAUGGUAAUCUAUGGCCAAUCAAGCUUUGCUAAGUGUGGUGUGCUGGAGUAUUUCUUUGUUCACUGUGCCCUUGAGAUUUUUUCUCUUUUCUGUGGGACGAUUUGAUCCUUUGCUGUUGUUGUCGUUGUUGUUGUUGUAGUUGUUGUUGUUGUUGAUGGUAUGGUUAUCUAGUGUUCCUUCUUUGAAGUUUUUAUUUAUUAAAUAAAUGAGUUAACAAAUUUAA